UUUUAAUUUGUUUUGAACGGUUGGUGUGAUCGGUCGUCCAACGGUGGUGCUCCAGGUGCUGCGUAGCUCGCUGCAGUUGUACAUGAGUUUGUCAGUAGUUGUGAGCAUAAGGUGGUCAGUUUUUUUUGUAGUUCCGUAAAUGAGAGACCGUAUACGUUCCGUGAAUGAAUGUGAAUUUUGUGUGCAUUUAAUGCCUGAUUGUAACGCGUAGUUGUGUUUGAGUUUGAGUGCUGUGAACAUUAAAAUAACAUGGAUAUGACGCUGGACGCCGAAAUGUUCGGUGACAUCAACACCGGAUCGUGUCUGAAUGUGGAAGAUUGCCAGACACUGUUCCGUAUGAAUACCAAUGAUCUAUUGCCACCACCGCAAGGCGGCAACAUCGAUGAAGUGUAUCUGAAUGAUUUCUUCCGUAGCAACGGAAUCGUCGAUAUGCAGUGCGUCAAGUAUGAAACCGACGCCAAAUCAACGGCCAUGAUGUAUGGGGAAGAACCACCGACUCAUUACAAGAAAACGCCAAUCCUGGAAGAGUAUACGCAUCCGCAGCAAAGCUUUACCGUCGGUAUAAGCGGUACGCCGUGCAGUGCCUCAUCCUGGUGCCACUCAAUACCGCUGGAGAAGCUGUUUGUGAAGAAGAAAACUCCGGUCACGUUCGAUGUGUCGUUCUCACAGCCUUCGGACGGCACACUGAAACUGCGCAUCAUGCUGGUGUACUCCAAUACGCAGUAUGCGUACAACACCAUCACCCGUUGCCAGGACGACAUAUCGAAGGAUGGCGCUAAAGAAUAUAAGUUUAAAGAGCACGUCGUACGGUGCCUGAAUCCGGAAGCUCUCUAUGCCGGUCGGGAGAAUGGUGUGAAUUUCGAGGAUCGGCUAGCCAUUAUAGUUGAUCUAAACAAUGGUGGAUCGCAGAAGAACCAUCAGCAGACGCAACAGACAGUGCCGGUGUCGCUGGAGUUUUUGUGCCAAAACUCUUGCCCAACGAUGGAGAGGCGAGCAACGACGCUUCUUUUCACCUUGGAAAAUGAACACGGCACUCUGCUGGGCAGAAAGUCGAUCAGUGUCAAGAUCUGCAGCUGUCCCAAGCGCGACAUGGAGAAGGACGAGAAGAAAGCGACGGGACGGGAUGGCAAUAGAAACAAACGGAAGCAUGCAAAUGAACCGGUUUCAAGCACCGAUCAACCACCAAAAAAGUUAAAACGCCAGUCGAGUGAGGAUGCAAAGCCUACACUGCACGGCGGCGCCGCCUCUUCAACGUCCGUCCGAGCAUCGGCUGCUGCCGUGAUGGCGAUGCCUGCCUCAUCCUCUACGAUGGGUCAGGUAAAGCGGGAACCAUCGUUCACUACGCUUGGGCGCUCGUUGAGCACCCUGUCCAACAGUAGCACGAUCGAUAACGAUAGUUCGGCUGUCGUGCUGACGCUCCGACUGCCAGACCUCGACUGUGCUUCGGACGUGGCGAUGUACGCAUUCAAGCACUUGAGCUCGAUCCUUAUCAGCUGCAAGGAUGAGCAGGAGAAAAUGCGAUACGCCCAAUACCUGUACCACUGUCGACGCGUAAGGAAAAAUUUGAAGAAUUCCGCGGAACGGCAUGCGGAGGAUGAACCAAAUCUGGAUUACGAUUCUUCUUAAGCCAUCCUCUCUCCCCCCCCCCCCCCGCCGGGACACAUCGCACCAUGCUAUAGCGUAGAAGCGAGAAUUGUAGUUAGAUUGUGUGAGGUGUUUAUUUAUGAUGAAAUGUGUAAAAGUCGAUUUUUAUUAAGUGUUGAAUGAUAAGCAUAGGUAGAGCGGAAGCGUCUCUUGGAUCAGUUUGAAUUUGGCAUCAAAUCGUCGUAGCGUAUGAAUAUUUUUUUUAUAAAACAGUUGCACCUGGGACAGUACAUUCAUGUAGCGUGGAUAGAUUUACGAUGGCUCAGAGUCGUAUGUUGAUCUACAUUCAUUUUCUAUGCAUUAGCUACGACAAUUCGUUUAACGUUAAAGUUUUAUCACUAACAAACACUACAUUAAAUAGGUAUAAGACAAAUGCGAACAAAUUAUUAUACGUCAUCGCUGUGCACGUAACAGGCAUUCGUACUAACAGUGUUAAUUGUAAGCUAAUUAAGCAUUAUACAUUCUGUUAAGAUGAGAUUCAUACGAAGUAUGCAAAGUAACUCACUAAGAUUUCGAAUAAUUUUGAGCCGCAAGGCAUUAUAGUACUCCCAUAAGGAUAAAUUAAUGAAUCUAAGAAAAAAGAAAGAAGCAGUGCAUGAGAUGGGUCUGCACAUUUGCUCAAAAGAUUGCAAGAAAAACUAGAAAAAAGCAAUAUAAAAGAAAAGACAGUCGAAAACAUA